AUGAACACAAGAGGUAUCAACCAUGAUGCUAGCAUUGAAGAAAGUCGAGAAACCAUUUCAACCGAAUCACCAGGCCCUUCUAGACCUGCAUCCGCUUUAUGGCGUAAAACUAAAGAUAAACUCAAAGUCACUUCACACAAGUCACACUUUCACAGUGCUGCAAAGGCAAAACAUUACGUAUCUGGCUCAACGGAUGAACGUCGCGAACUUUUGAGCGAAAGUGAGGAUGACCAAGAUGAACAUCAGGAUCAAAAUCAUCCCCAUCAUCGUCAUAUAGAAAUAGAAUCAGAACCAGAAGAAUACAGUUACAAAAUAAACCAUCCAGGAAUGGGUAAACUUGCUAAAUCCGAUGCAAAAAGUCCAGACGAAAUGCUGAUUGAUAUUGAAGAGGUAGCGCAAUUGACCAACUCUAAUAUUGGCAAGAUUCUUUCGCGAGGCGAUCGACUGGAUGAUAUGCAAGGAAAAGCGGCUCGAUUGGAGGAUGUAGGUGGAAUGUUUAAAAAGAGAGCUCGUGUCCAUCAUGCAGCUACUUGUAUGCAAUAUGUAAAGAGUAAUUACCUAUUUGCAAUGUACGGUGGAACAAUGUUGUGUAUGAUCAUUCAUUGUCUUGCAACAGUUCUUAUUUUGGUAUUCACGAGUGGUGCAAGUGUAUCAAGACCACCCACUGGGCCAAAAUUACCUGUACCGAUCGGUGGAUCGCCUCCUUCGGCACCAUUACCGCCAGGACCUGGAACGCCCAGUUCACCACCAUCAAACGGUGGAGGAACUACUGGAAAUCAAGGAGGAUGCCAAUGUGCACAACCUUUUCCCUUUCCGAUGCCGUAUCCAAUGCCGUACCCAAUGCCGUAUCCUUAUCCACCACCACAAUAUCCACCGCCUCAGUAUCCACCGCCUCAGUAUCCACCACCUCAGUAUCCACCACCACAAUAUCCACCACCACAAUAUCCACCGCCUCAGUAUCCACCACCUCAAUAUCCACCACCUCAAUAUCCACCAAGCCCUACAACCCAGUACCCAUUACCUUCAUCAAUAGAAUCCCCAACAAAUCGUACAAACACAACGACAUCCACCACUUUAUGA